UGGCAGGCCUGCUGCUUUUCUUCCUCUUUCAGAGGUUGAAUCUAGGAGUCCAACUCUGAUGGACUAUGAGAGCAACUACAUCAUUCAGCCCUGAGCUCCAAAUCAUCCUCAGUUUGCUGGCUGUUAUAGUGAAAGGGUGGCAUGAUUUGGAUAACACUGAUUAUGACUGCUGGCCCCUGGAGAAACCCGAUGAAUAUAACAUGCUGGACUGUGGAGGCCUAGAGAUGGCUUGGGUCCAGAGGCCUCCAGAAAAGGUCAUAAGUGGAGAAUCCUUUGAUGUAAUUUAUGCAGUCUUUGCUUCUGAUUACUUUUACCACUAUUCUGUGGAAAAUGGAAUCCUGUCCCACAGUGAUGCAAUGGCUGCUAAGAAGUUCUGUGAGGAGCAGGAAUGCCCUCCCAAUUGGAAAGAUGCUAAUGGAGAGAACUGCUGUGUCCAUCAUGCAAACAUCCACUCCUGUCCAUUGGCCUUCAUGGGCAAAGGUGGCAUUUGUGGACCAUGGAUCCCAGAUGAUGGCCAAAUAUUUACCCACACCAUAUCUACUGCCGGCAAAAUGACACAGACAAACUGGACUGCCAAGGUAGUCCUGGUGCAUGUAGGUAUGACUUCUCUCAUCGCACACAUCAGAGUUGGGAGAAUGCAAGCAGCUUUGGAAGCCCAAACCAUGGUCCUCCCUGCAGUAGUCUGUGGGGAUGACAUUUGUGAAGAUGAUGAGGGCUGUUCCACAUGCCCGGCUGAUUGUGGUGAAUGUCCAUUGACAACUGAUGUCAGGAUAGCAAUUGCCUUACCAGUAUGUUUGGUCUGCACUGGUUUUAUUCUGACAGUUGUGUGGUUCCAGUACCAAAAGCAAAAAAUGUUUUGGGAUGAAAGCUGGAUUAUAGACUUCAGAUGCAUCAAACAAGAGCACAUGACGAGGACUGCAGUGGGGAGUACCUUGAGUGUGCCACAUGCACCCAGUGCCUCCAACACCAGCUGUCUUACAACACUGAGCUCCUGUACUGCACCUGCGAACGCUUCCAAGAUGAACUACUUUACACAGAUUGGAACCUAUGAUGGUAGAACAGUGGCCAUCAAGAAAAUAAUGAACAAGACAUUUACCAUCACCAAGACCAUACGUAAAGAAGUCAAGCAAGUAAGAGAACUGGACCACCCCAACCUCUGCAAAUUCAUUGGAGGCUGUACUGAAGUACCAAACAUUGCCAUAAUAACUGAAUACUGCCCUAAAGGAAGCUUGAAUGAUGUGCUGCUCAAUGAAGACAUCCCUUUAAACUGGGGCUUCAGGCUUUCUUUUGCCACUGACAUUGCUCAGGGAAUGGCGUAUCUUCACCAGCAUAGGAUUUAUCAUGGACGAUUAAAGUCCAGCAACUGUGUCAUUGAUGACCGCUGGGCUUGUAAGAUUUCAGACUAUGGCUUACAGUCUUACAGAAAAGAUGAUUCUCUGAUGGAUUCCAAUGUCCCUCAUCAGCACUUUAUGCAAAUAUAUCUGGCUCCUGAGGCUCACUCUGUACCAAGCUUUGAACCAACUCCAGCUGCAGAUGUGUACAGCUAUGCCAUCAUUUUAUUAAUAAUAGCAACAAGAAGUGACCCAACACUGAAAGACGAUACACCUUCAGAAGAAUAUUCUUUGUGCCUACCUUUGGCUGAAUUAAUAUCAGAAAAAUCUGAGAAUGCCUGCCCAUGCCCUACAGAAUAUGUAGAGCUGAUCAGGAGAUGUAGAAAAAGCAAUCCAGCACAAAGGCUUACCUUUGAGCAAGUCAAGAAGUUGUUGCAUAAGAUGAACCCAAACAAAGUUAGCCCAGUUGACAUGAUGAUGACUUUGAUGGAGAAAUACAGCAAACAUCUGGAAGUGUUAGUGGCAGAAAGGACUCAGGACUUAAUGCAUGAAAAACAGAAGACAGACCGUUUGUUGUAUAGCAUGUUGCCAAAACAAGUAGCAGAUGAUUUAAGGCAAGGGAAACCAUCACAGGCCCAAAGUUACAUAAACUCCACUGUCUUUUUCAGCGACAUUGUUGGCUUUACUCAGCUCUCCAGCACCAGCACGCCUUACCAAGUGGUUGAAUUCCUAAACAAACUCUACACGACUUUUGAUGAAAUCAUAGAUAAUUAUGAUGUCUACAAGGUGGAAACUAUUGGAGAUGCCUACAUGGUUGUAUCAGGAGUGCCCAAAGAGAAUGGCAUUCGCCAUGCCAGUGAAAUUGCAAGUAUGGCUCUGGACCUGAUCUUGGUGUGCAAAACAUUUAGGAUUCCACACAAACCCAAUACCCAGCUAAAGAUUCGAGCAGGAAUUCACUCAGGGCCAGUUGUGGCAGGAGUUGUGGGAACAAAAAUGCCCCGGUACUGCUUAUUUGGAGACACUGUCAACACCGCCUCCAGGAUGGAGUCCACUAGUGAAGCUCUCAAAAUACAGUGCAGUUCAAAUACAUACCAGCUGUUGGAACAGAUUGGAGAGUACGUAUUGGUGUGCCGAGGGAAUUUGCAAGUGAAGGGAAAAGGUGACAUGAUAACAUAUUGGUUGGAAGGAAAGAAGGCUAGUACAGCUCAAAAGAAGGCUCUAAGCCCUUCUGCAACCUCUCAGAUGCUUAACCAAAAUACUUUCAGUAUCAUCCCAGGUGUUUUAUAGAAUGACUUGCUUUUAACCCCACCAGAAAAAGAAAAAACCUGGCGAGGUGGCUGAUGUUGUUUCUCAGUGGUCACAGUCUUUGUACAACCCAAAGAAGAAUCGGUGUUCUCUUUUCCACAACCAAUGUUCUCAUUAGAGAUAAAAAAGAAAAUAGAGACCAUUCUGGGCUUGACUCUGGCUGGUUUCAGUCAUGUUUUUUUUUGCCUACCCACAAACUAUGGUUUGUUCAGGGCCAACAAACCAGGAUCCAAAGCCAUUGUUUGAAUCUUGUUUGCAAGCGACAAUUUGUGCUGUUAUUUUGCUAUUAAGUCUACAUUCACAGACCACUACCAAACCACAAUUAGGUUCACUGUGCCACCUGACAUUUUUUAGGUGGCACACAAAUGGUAGUGAAUGGGGGGGACCAAACAAUUUAAAACCAUGGUUUGCCUGCUGUAUGUCUGGAAGCUCAAAUGAUGGUGAUCCUCUUUCCAUCCACACACUGGCGGCAAAGCUCUGAAAAGCGCAGCCAGGAUUCUAAAUUUUCAAGGGAACCCACAUGCAUGGAGCAGGUUCCCCUCUUUAGAAUGCUUUUCCAACACAUGGAUGUCAGGGGUGGAGCCAGCCACUCUCUCUCCAUGUGAUUAUAAUUACAUGUUUUAACACCCAAAUGGGGAUCUAUUGAAGGAGAUAAUCUGGAACACCCCUUUCUAAAUAUGGAAGUAGGAGAUGGAGGCAGAAAAAUGGCAUUUUGUCUAGAAACUGCCAAAGCACUUUUCUUGAGGUCCCUUCCUGCCAAAGCUGGCACUCUUUGAAGAAAUU